AUGGAAUAUCUAACUGGCGACAAUACUGAAGACGCUGCAUACAACGAGAUAACUUUGACAACCGGUGUAAAAGCGAUGGAGCAAGAUGAAGAUCUAAAAACGCCUGCAUAUGAUGCGCUAAAGGACUUGCUUAAUGCACAACAACAGACUGAUCCUCCUUCUGAUGCUCCAAGCGUCUCAAGCGUAAUUGAGCAUGACAGAGAAGAAGCGACAGCGGAACUAAGUACAAAUGAGGAAGACGAUGCCAUGAAUUAUCAGAAUUCUUUGUUGCAACGUAUAUUGCCGAUACAGAUUGAUUGUGAACAUGGAGCAAUAAUUGCCGGUAAUGAAAAUGUGCCAUCAAUUCUGGUAGCUGAAUUUGUUCAGGCAAGCGGAAUAUAUGCUGCUGUGAGGUCUCGCUCAAGACUUGAUCUUUAUAAAUCUGUUUUCAGGAUAAAAUUUCGUAACCCAAAAAUUCAUCUCAAAACGAAUCUCGAUUAUCAAGAGCCACUCUUAACUAGAGCAGCUCGACUAAAGCAGGGAGAACAAGAAGCAGAUAACCCUCCAACAGUUCCGAUACCAGAUGCGGCUGACGAAUACGCUAAGGAUCCUAUUAUACUGGAUUGUGUGGAGCUGGAUAUGAAUUAUUAUGCAGAUGUAGCAGGCAAAGUUCCUCGGGUAUCAAUGCCAAUUGACAUCACAGAAGAGUUGGAAAUUGGGAAUGGAGAUUUGUCACCCGAAUGGGGUGUCGAUCUCUUCGUUAGUGGUGGAACAGUACGGUAUGGUCCUUGGGCUGAUCGACAGAGGGUUUUACUGCAGAAUUUUUUCUUUCCACCUUUAUAUCGAUCAUCUAUAAAAACAAAACCACUUGAAUAUGGACAAGAUCGAUUGCAUACAAUGCUUAAAUUACUCAUUCAAUUUGAUACAGAUACAAUAUUAAGGAUUCCGACGAGAGAAACCUCCAAGGACUGGAGUUUUGCAAAAGACGAUGAUAAUGAAGAUGACGCUCAGCCUGCCGAUAAUAGCAGAGAAGCGGGCUGGCUAGAGGUUACUGUUGGAAAGUCUUCGAUGAUAAAAUUAUCGUUGCCAAUGAUUCUUGAUGAGAACGGAUACACGAAUAAGGUGGAUAUUCGAUUCAAUAAAAUCACGGUGCAAACGAGUGUCAACUAUGCUAAUUUGCUUACAGCUGAGAAUUGUAAGAUAAAAUGUGAUCUUCAAAAUCCAUUGAUAUGGAACCAGGCUCGUCAAUGGAUAUUCAACAUUGAUCUUGAUAAACCAAAAAUAUUUUUGCUACGUGAUCACAUCACUUUAUUUCAAGACUUAGCAAAAGAUUGGACUUCCGGUCCAUCGGUGGAUCUCUUACAUUUUAUUCCAAUGGAAUAUAUCAUUGAGAUCGAAUCGAAGGAUAUCGAGUUGUACCUCUGUGUGAAUGAACAUAAUAUCAUAGAGGAUCCAGCAGAUAUUGAUGACAAUGCCUUUUUCAUUAUUAGUAGUAAGCAGCUAACAUCUACAGUAGUAUUACCUUUUCUGAAAUUUGAACAAGAAAUAACAAAGAUCCCAUUCAAUGUUAAGAUUGUUCCGGGUUUAGUUUCAAUGUCUCCACCAACGUCUCAGUCGCUUGGUGCAUUUCUUGCGGAAGAUGGCAAGGUUUUUCUGAAUUUGGAUAACUUCAAUAUCGAAGGAAAUUACCAGUACUACAGUUUCGUUGAACCGAAUCAUAUCGAAUCGCUUUCGAUGAAGAUGUUUUUGAAGAAAGCCAAUCUGAAGCUUUUUGGAUUUGUUGUUCGUUACGUUCUUAAACUCCAAGAAAACUACUUUGGAAAUUUUGUAAAUUUUACGACGUUAGAAGAGUACCGGCUGCGGCGAGAUGGAAAUGGCAAAAAUACACAACUGGAAUUAGAUCAACGAAGGUUGGCUGCAAAGCCCCCGGCUGAUCCAUUUGAAGUAUACAUUCAACUUUUCGUCGAGGACGGAACAAUAUGUCUGCCCGAGAAUCUAUACACUAGCGAUAAUGUGUCGACGAUUCAGUUUCACGAGCUGCAGCUUGAUUUACGAAAUACGGAUCCUUAUAUGGAUAUGGAUCUCACCCUUAGUCCAUUAACGUGGACACUCAGUUCUGACCCUAGCAUACGAAGAAACACCAUGAAAUCCAAACCACUAAGAGAAAGUUAUUUAUUUAUUGAUGAACUCAACAUUUACGCACAUCGUCUAUUCGGUCCAUUGCCGGUACUGGCCACCUACGUGUGCAAUUGGGAUAUUAAUAUCGGUACGAUUUCCGGACAGUUAAAGCCGUCGUUUCUUCUAAGUGUAAUUUCAUUUGGAAAAUCUUUUGCGUACCACCUCGUUGAUGAGGAGAAUGCCUUUCCGACGCAAUAUUUGAUGAAGCUUGAUCCAGAUGUCACUUUUUUGAAUGUUGGUGUUAAAGAGAUUGAUAUCUCGGUAUGGGGACAAGAUAGCGGCACGCAAUUUCUUCUCAAAGAAGGUCUUCACGUCCAAUUCGACGACCUCUCCAAUGAAAAAUUCACGCAAAAAGUUGUAUUCAAUAUGCCUGAUCUAGUGAUUAGGAAAGAUUAUCCGUGGGUUGAGGUCGCGAGUUUUGAGUGUGCUUUUGAUGUUACGCUCUAUCGUACUACUUCUGGGUGGCAAAAACGUGUUCAGGAACAACAAUCGUUUCUUAAAGAGCAAGAUCAAGAGACUUUACGCGUUCCGUUUUUGUAUGGCGGAUCGACGGGAAAUGGGGAAGGUGCUUCUGUCCACUCGAAUGCUCAUCACCUCGGUACGCUCUACGUGCCACCAAUGCCGACCCCUGUGCAUGGCAAUAUUGAUGCCAGCCCUUUAUGGGAUACUGAAAGCACCCAUUCUUCGAUAAUAAACAAUAAUAAUGGUGCUGCUGUAUUUCAUGAUAGGGAAAACAUGCGGGUGCUUGGAAAAAGUUAUGAAUUAUUAGGGAGAAAUGAGGAUUUUGAUGAAGAGCAAGAAAAUGAUGAUGGGUGGUGGCAUGUCGAUGAUGAUAAUGCCUCUAUCUUAACUGGAAUUAGCGUCUCAAACUCGUCAUUUGUCACUGCGUCAGAUCGUGAUCCCGACGAAUUCGAUCUUGAAUCAGAAAAUAGCGUUGACAGCGAUGAAACAUUCAUUGACGAUAUUCGAAAUGUAGAAAUAAAUAUUGGAAGAGAUUCUGAUGACGAAGGGAGUCAAAAGCGUUCGGAUUCGUCUUUAACAGAAACUUCGGGGGCCUAUCGUAUUUCUCCAUCAAUACCAAGGUCAAUUCCAUAUGGAAGUUGCCUAAGACGAUACCGAAUUAAUUCACAAAAAUAUUUUACCAAUUUUUCGAGCUCUUAUCUUCGUCCUUCUCGUGCGACAUUUGUGCCUGCACAGGAAACGGAACUACUAUCAACCGACGAAGAAAAUAGUCAAAGUUUCAAAUCUUCGCCGUUUUCAAAAAAUAAAGGUGCUGCAACUGAUGAAUCACUAGAAGAAACUCUUACUGAUGCUAUUAUGACGCCAACAUUAACAAGCGAGAAUAACGAAACAAAAAUGACUAUUGUUUUUGAAUCCACAAAAUCUGUUAAAAUCUUGUUGACGCCCAUCUUUUUGAAAAUCAUUCAAGAAAUUUUGGAAGCCGUGAAAAGUGAGCAUUGGAACCUCGAGUCUAUGCUUGAUUAUAUACAGAUCGAUUAUGUUGGAGACCUUACAAAAUUAUUUCCCUUCAAAUACACGACAACCAAAUUUGCAGUAUCGAUACCACGUGUUACUCUCCACUUCAUUCAAGACGUACUAUUGCCUGAUGAUCUCACAAAUGUGAGCGACGAAUAUUCAAGCAUUAGAACAAGAUACGAUCUGACAGACACAGUACUUUGUGCAGCUGACAUAGUACUCGAACAAAGCUUAAUUACAGGUUUAGUGAAAUUUGAAGACACAAAUUUCCAUGUAAAGGACAAGAAUGAGAAUUUUGAGCACACCUUUAAACUUGUAGAGUCAAGAGUGUGUCUAGAUUUUGAGACUUUGAAGCUCAAUGUGCAUUUUGUUGCUGGAUCGAAUCCUAUUGGAAUUUUUGGUAUACCGAAAGCAUUGCACCAUUUCAAAGAUUACAGUUUUAGCUCCGGACCUGUGCCAAAUGAACCGGUGGUGCUUGAUAUCUUUUUGGAACAUGUGAAAGUAAAAUUAAUGAGCAGCACGCAGCCAACUCAUUUUUCGCUAGACAUGGGAAGUUUCAACACAAUUUUUAUAAGCCAAUCUAUCGAAAUAUUAACUGGUGCAAUAUAUUCAUGGCUACUUUUUGCCGACGAUCUUUCAAUUAUUUUAAAUUCUUUUCAGAAUAGGCGCAAAAGACAAUUACAGACAUUAAUAUAUGAAAUCGCGCUUUUCUCGGAUGUACAUCCUAUUGCGAAUGAUCCUCCUUAUUUGACGCGAUCAUCAAUUGUUCUUCGACUGGGUGCCACGAAUUUCAAAAAUGAUGACGGCUGGAAGAUUCUUGUCCGUAUCAGAUACUGCAAACGAUUCAUGUUAAAAGAAUCUCUUGAACAAUUACAAGCCAAACUUACCUCCAGUGAUUUAUCAACUGUUGAUCCAACACGAAUGUUUAACAAAGUACAAGAAGUCUUCUCGAAAUGGCGACACUGGGAACUGGGAAAUCUCUCAAACUCGCGUCUUUUCACAAAACUAUUUGAACAAUGCGUCGGUAAUGAAGGCAAGGGUACAUCAGAUAUGUUAACGGAAAUUCAACAAUUCCUCAUUAGUUCAUCAAGAUUUGUCCGCAUACGGAUUGGUUUGAUUGGUGUCUCUAAUUUGGAGGGACAAUGUCAAAAUUCUGUGGUUAUUGGGCCAAUUGAAGUUGAUCUUGAAAGUCAUUAUCGUGCUGAUGGUAUUCCUCCUUCUGAGCUCUAUCAGGCUAACAAUUCCGAUUCGAGAAAAAAUAACGAGAAUAUAACAGUGGGACAAAACAUGUUCCCUGCCGGCUACUUGAAUGUCAUAUUUAGAUUUAGUUCGAAAAAGAUUGACGUAGAUGUGAAUCCUGAAAUGCUUGCAUUUGCUAAACAUUGUCUCAAAGUGCAACGAGUAUUCACUUCAAAAUUUAAAUAUCUUUCGCAGAGAAAUAAGAGUAACGUCCCAGUUUGUGUUGAGCCUGGCAAUGUUUCUUCAUUAGGUCAUAAAUCAACUUCCACAAUCACCACGAUACGAGAUAUCAAGAAUCAAAAAACGACAACAGCCAAAGAUAAGAAGCAGCAUAAAGAUUCAUUACCACAACAAAUACCAGAAUUUAAUCUUAAAAAUUUAUUAUCCAGAAUAGAAAUUGUGGCGCAUGGAAUUUUCACUCUUCAAACGAUCGUAGUUAAAGCAUCUCCGCAGAAUCUUUUGGCACAUGCUCAAUUGUCAAAUUUCAAUGUCACUUCUUUAUUUUAUAAUCCACGAACCAUAUAUAUCAUGGAAAAAGCUGAAUUGGAAAAUGCAUCAUUAAAUCGAAGCUCAAUUCAUCCUGGAUCGCGCGGAAGUGGAGGACGUAGUUCGAAUAAAUUGAUUCUUUCUACAGUAGGCGGAAUUGAAAAUAUUACAAUGAGUAUUAAGGAGCAACUCUAUUCGAGUUCAAGCAGUUUUAACACAUUAAUUUCGGUUGAAUUUUCGGGGAUCGGGACUAAUGUCGCACUCAUGCGUCAGUACUCAUCACAAUUAAUUCAAAAGAACGAUCCCGAAAGAGAGUCGCUGAAUAUCUUUGUGAAAUUUCAAACCAUUUCUGUUCGUGCCCCUCAAAGUCUAUUGAAAUUGUAUACAUUUGUUGAAAAAUGGCGUGAAGAAAAUUUGCCAAGUUAUGAUUUCCUUUUUAAACGUUUAAUGGAUGAAUGGGAAGAACAACGAAAAGCUACCACAACUCAUUCUCAAAAACAAAGUCAUCAUCAUUCCUCUGUUUCAAAAAAAAACGCGAUGGAAAUGAAAUUUCAAUUUUUAUUGAAGAAAUUCUCCUUCCAAUCACAUUUACUUCCUUCUUUACAAUUCCAUUAUGAUGCAAGUAAUUUAUUCUUUCUAAUACAUCAAAAACCGACACUACAUGAAAUGAUUCAUAUGGAUUAUUCCGGGCAAUUAACCAAACAGGAAGUUGGCUUCGUGACGCGUCAUCGACAUAAAAACAAGUCUUCCGUUGAGACACCUGUUGUAGAUGGAUCAAAUGAAGAUCAACAACAAGCUGCUUUCACGAUACCUGCCAUCAGAACUACGGGAAUGAUUCGCCCGUAUGAACAAAGGAAAAGUGGAAUGUCUAAGAAAGCGAUCCCUUCGUCAAAAUAUUCAAAACUCGAGGCAUUGAUUACGUUAGAUCUGGUCAAACUAAAAUUAAAUGUUAAUAUAAUUGAUAAUUUAUUCACGGCUCAAUCACUGCUUGGAAAUGAACUAAAUGACGUGUUAGACGUGUUCGCUUUCUCUUCUAAAAGAUUUAAAGAACGAGGGAAUGCUUCAAGAAAUGCGUCAUUGUCUUCGGCUAAUUCAAGCACGUCGAAAAUGGGCCAACCUUCUAGUGUAAGCAGUAAUAACUUGUUAUAUUCAAUUAAAAUAUCUCUCAAUGGGUUAAGAAUAUCUGCCUCAAGUCCAAACGCAAUAGGAUUUUUCGAGACAAAUAUAUUGAACGGAUUUAUCACAAAUGUUCAUAGCGUUGAUAUAAAAAAACCAGCAAAAGUAGCGUGGAAGUUCUCGGCACAGAAUUUGUCAUUGUCACUUAAUCACAACACUGGUUCAAAUUUAGUGGAUGACAACGUAAGAAAAUUUCGGAUCGCCUAUAUCUUGAUUGAUCUUGUAUUACAAAAUUGCAAGAAUAAAUAUGAAGACAGUGAAGAGAUCUCAUCAUCAUCAGAAGAAAAAGAUAGUACUGAAUCUUUCUUUCUCACACUGUCAAAGGUUCAUGCGGUUAUGCAACCUAUUGCUCUCGGACGUUUGAUGGAUCUCUACGUGUACUAUAGCGGGGAAUUAGAACGUCGAAAAGAGCUCAAAGCAUCGGAAAUCAAUCAAUUAGCAAACAAUACACGUGAAAUCUUAAGAUCUCUGGAUGUUCAAAUUCCAAAAUAUAAAACAAAGAGCAAAUCGCUAUUGGAUGAAAAAGUUCUUUCACUUCAAAUAAAUAGAUUUGCUGUCGCAUUACCACUUGAUUUGCGUGAGGAAGGUAUUUCUGCUGCAGCUCACCGAGCAGGUGGAACACAAAUUCCGGCAUUUCUGCUUUCUACAACUUCAAUGAAAUUCAUAACGCAAAAAUGGAAAUCUACCAGUGCUUCUCUUAAGGAAUUAUGUUUUCAAUUUGUCACACAAUUCGAUCAGGGCAAUGAAGAACAUUUUUCUGCGCACUCUCAUCCAAAGAUGAAUCGUAUUCAUUACCCGGAAAUUUCAUGUAAUGUACGCGCUUUAGGUAACAAAGACAAAAAACAAAUCUUUAUUGAUUCGCGUGUUGAAGGUUUUGAGGUAGAUAUCGCUGGGAAUAUUGUCAAUCAUAUUAACAGCCUAGGGGAAAUUUAUGCUGCAAGCAGGGAAAGAUUAGAGGCAUUUACAGCUGAAGCGAAUUUAGGUUCUCAAUCUCAACCAAAAGGCAAAGCUAAAACAACUACAAAAUCCGACUCAGAAGAAAAUGCGCAGAGUAAUUUAAUUGAAUUAGAAAUCAAAGCAUGCUUUACUGUAAAAAGCGGUAUCUUGAAAUUAUAUCCUAAAAAAUAUUUCACUAGACAACAAUCGUUAAAGACGAAUAAAUCAACAGAAAAACCGAAGUCAUCACGAUCUCGUUCAAUUUCAACGCAACUUCCACCACGUCUAAAUCUGGACUCUUUAUCAAGUUAUUCGGCGUCUUCCGAUGAACUUUCGAAACAAGCGGAGCAUGGAAUUGAUAAGAUCGUAAUCCCUGGUCUAAGUUUGAACACUACAUAUCAAACAGUGAUUGGCCAAAUUCCUGGGUCAUUACCAGAUGCUUCCAGGCGACGAUUACAUGUUGAACUUGUCAUACAUCCAAGCGAAAAUACUCUAUAUCCCUCACUAGUACCUUUCAUUAAAGACAUCAUUGAUGGUCUGAAAUUGGGUAUUCAAAAAAAGAGUGACAAAAAAGCCAUCGCGAUUCAAGAAAGUUCACCACCUAUAUAUGGAAUGAACAUAACUUGCUAUUUUAGACUAUCGCGCACAACUUUUGAAUUGAGUUGUCGGCCAACAUCAAAAGUUUUAUGUUCUCUCAACUGGGAAGAAGGAAACUUUCUUGUGGUAUCGGAUAGCGGUGAUGUGAAUGUACAGAGUAUUACGUGUAUUGGGAAAAUACGAGGUGCCUCUGGUAAUAUACGUCACGCUUUUUCACCAGAAGACUGUCUAAGAGGCGAAACAAAAGAUAUGUCAUUCAAUGCCACAUUAAUGAGUCGUCGAACAGAUACAGUUAGUGAUGAUUCAAUCUCUAUAAUUGUAGAUUUCCCUCAAAUUACUGCUGAUUUGAACAUUCGUCAUCUCCAAGAUUUACUACUACUAAAAGCAAUUUGGUUAGAUCAAGCGACUAAAUUAUAUGAAGAAACAGUACAAUACGAAUCUUCAAAGCCAAUAAGUCAAGAUAUAUCUGAAAUUAAAGAACAAUCAUCACACACUUAUGAAGAUUCUGAGAGUAAUGCAGCAAAAGCUAAACCUUAUUCAGUGUAUAUUCUCUUGCGCUUAAAACAAUUAGAUCUAUCCAGUGAUCUAGGUCAAGCAAUUGGUAGAGUACAGUUUAAUACACAAAACAUUAGAGUUCGAACUAAGCGAGUUCCGGGUGUUUUAAGAAAAGUAAUAAUAUCCACUGAUCUUCUCGACAUACAAUCAGAAGGACGUCUUCGAGGCACGGCAACAAUGACUGGUUUAAACUUCAGUACUUGGCUAUGUGUUGCUCCUACUUAUCCUGCAAUCGAUGGUGCUUCUGUGACUAAAAUAUUAUUUAAAACUGAGCAAAUAAAAUCAUCGCUCGAGUAUGAAUAUCAAAAAAUAUUGAUAUUAGAAGUUGACCCUAUGGAACUAAAAAUAACUGAUCAAUGGAGCAACGUAACUUCUGAGAAAGCUCAGGUUUUAAUACAUGCGGAUAUUAUUCUUCGACGUAUUCAAGCGAUAGUUGCUGUAAAAACAAUUCCUAUUUUCAUACAUAUGUCAGACAAAUUGUUAGCUUUGAUUGAGGAAAAAAGACUUCUCGCAGCUAAUGUAAUCUCAGAAUCUAAUACUACUGAGCCUACCAAAUCAAACCAAACCUUACCUUUAAAACCCGUAUUCUCCCCGGCUACAAAUGAAGAUAGUGAUUCUCCAAUAUCUGAAUCUAAUGAGAAUGAAACACGAAUCACCUUUCAGGAAUUAAAGAUUGGAGGAAUGCUGGUGCAUCCAGUUGGCAAGAUCACAAUAGCAUUAGAAUUAGCUCACCUUAUAGUUUUCCCUAACCAUUUCUACGAUUCUGACUGUGUUCAAGCAAAAUCUGAUGUGCUCAAAAUCGAUAUGAAAUGUUCUGCCGACUCGGAGAAACGAAUGUUUCGUGAAUUAAUUUUGCAUCUUGAUGGCAUUUCUUUAUCAAAGAAUUCUUGCAAAAAGUUAAGUCAUAAGGAUGAGAAAGAGCUCAAGUCUCAUCAGUGGUUUGAUCAUGUGAAUUCAUCAUCAUCCAAAAAAAUAUUCACAUUGCCCAGAACAAAUUUGACCAUGACAACCUCUCAAGCAGAAAAUAGUAACAUUAUCGAUCAUAAAUUUGCUACUGAUUUUGGAGGAAAAGUAGACGUGGCGCUCAAUUUUGGGCUGAUCAGAUACCUUCAAGAGCUUGUCGUGUUAUAUAAGGAACAGCUUAAGAAGCAUUCAAUUGGCAUCGGUGAAAAUCCAAAAUCACCAGUUUCAGGAACUCCUUCAACUAGAUCUACUGUUUCUUCCGCAACUUCGACCUCGCCUACUAAACAAGGAUCAUCCCCUAUAUUGAGGAAAACGAAUGAUGACUUGACGACAUUGACAACAUCAAAAUCCAACAUUAGUGAUGAAUCUACCGCUGCCACUACUUCUAGCAGCGCUUUAGAACAAAAGCAGCCCACUUUCCAGUAUAAUCCACUAGAACCUGUUAAAUUAGAGCCACAAUUACGAAUUAUGGGUGAUGCUACACCACCAUUAGAAUGGGUGGGAGUGCAAAGAGCAAAAAUACCUGGAUUUGUUCAUACAAUGGUUAUGAUGAACCUGGAUGAAGUGUUAACAUUGGUUUAUGAUAUCUACGCAAAAGAAUUACAAGAUUUACGAGCUAAGAUGAACUCUAUCUAA